AUGUUGAAGAUGUCAUUCUCGAAGGCAAAACUGAAGAGAUUUAACGACGUUCCAGUCGUUUCAUCUCCUUCACCGUUUGUCGAACCAAAAGAAAAGGAGCCCACCAAAAAGUCGAAGAAAGAUGGAAAAAUCAAGAUGGGCAGCCUGGACGCCGAGUCCAUUAAGACCACAAAAAGUGCUCUUAGCUUGUUUAGAACGCCAUCGCUACCACGGCGACUAAAGUUCAAACACAUCUCGGACUUGACGCCGAAGAAAUCUUCCUCCAAAGGUGAGCCCACGGAAAAGAACCGCCGGCAGUUGGAUCUCGUUGCGCUGGAAACGAAACCCCUGGAAAAGGGCGUUGAUUGUGGCACCCAAAAGUUACCGCCGAUUGUUCAACUAUACAACAAGAUUGACGUCAAUAAGGAGGCACUGCAGCGUGCACGGGAAGAGAACGACCAGCUGAAGGUACGGGUUCAACAGUUGCAGGCUGAAAAACAAUGUGCCGAGAUGGAGCGCUGCAACCUGUUGGCCGAGAAAGACAAUCAGAUCAUGCUGCUGGAGCGGGAGUUGACCAGUAUCACCAAGGCCGACGAAUUACUGCAGCAGAUUGCUGAAGGUUGCCUGGAGAAGGUGAAACAGAACGAGCAAGAGAUAAAGGAGCUGCAUCGGGAUUAUGAGAGAAAACUUGACGAUGUGCAUGAUUCAAAGGUGAAAUUAGAAAUGAAAUACGAGGAACUGGAACUGAAGUAUAACACACUGCUUGAUGACUACAUAGUGGCUGAGGGGGAAACUUAUUUAUUGAACGAAGAACUGAUGGCAAUGCGUGAGAUUUUGGAAGCGCAUGAUUUGGAAUUGCAGAGGAAAAUAGAAGAACUGAAGGCGAUGGAGCAAACUUUACAGAAGUUCAGCCGGGAUAGUGAGGAACUGAAAGAUCAGGUAAAUUAUUUCCGUGCUCAAGCUGAAGAAGAUAUGAUGCGGUACGUGGAGGAAAGUCGGGUCACUAUUCGUGAUAUCGAUGAUCUGAAAAAAGAAAAUCAAACACUACUAGCUCAGCUGAGCGAGAAAAAUACUAUUGUUGAGGCGAUGCAGGAAGAGUUGAACGAAAAUCAGUUCCAAAUGGACGAGAUAAGAGAUGACUUGAGAAACGAUUUCAACCAGGAGCUCAGCGCCGUAAUUAAAAAAUACGAACAACAACUCGCGACGACCAACGAAGUGAACGAGAUGAAAAUUAGAGAGUGUGAGUCGAUAUUCGUUCUCGAGAAAUCUAAGUUGAUCAAAGAACAAACAGAUAAAAUUAAGAAACUGGAGAAAAAUCACUUGAGGGAGAUCGAACAAAUUGGCGAGCAAGCUGAGGAGAAAAUCCGAAUAGCGGAGGUGCAAAGUGAAGAACGCAUCAAAGCUCUAGAGCUCUCGAUUCAAAGUUCGAUAGCGAACGCAUUGGCAAAGGAGAAAUUAGUUUGGCAAAAAGAGUUAGACAAAUGCCAAAAAAUUGCCGAAACAGAAAUCAUGCAGUGCGAGUUCGAGAAACGUGAUCUGAAAGCUUUGUGGGAAGCUUCCAACGAGGUGAUCAAAGAACAUGAAAACAAAAUUAACGAGUUGGACAGAAAAUUGCGAACUGAAAUGGGUACUAAUGGCAAAACAAAGGAUGAAUACGAAGCAGAACUUAAGGAAGCGAAAAAGGAAAAUUCUCGCUUACAAACGGAAAAGUACAACUAUCAGCUAACGCUCAACAACACUCGAUCGACGGUAAACAUUCUAAUGGAACGUCUGAAGAAGUCAGAUAGCGACGUGGAACUCCUAAAAUCAGAGCUUGAUGCCUUGCUGAAAAGCAAAUCAGAAAUGGAAACCGAAAACAAUAAACUGCGAGAGGAGAUGGAUGAAUACCGACGGGUUUUAACGGCGCUUCGCUUGUCCUCUACCCAGUUGGAAAAAGAAAUGCGUGAUAAGGAGGAAGUGUUUGAAAAAAUCAUGACUUCUGAAGAGGACGCGAUAAUGACGGUUUCACAAAUCGGUAAAUUGUUUAGCGAUAAAAUGGAAGAAAGCAUAUCUCGAUACCUGGACAUGUACGACGAACUAAAGAAAAAGUAUGAGGCCCGCGAAGCUUACAUUCAGGACAUGAAGACACUGCUUGAUGAGUUUGCAACCGGCAUUGAACUGGCUCGAAUCGAGUUGGAUACCAAGGAUAAGAAAAUCUUCGAGCUAGAAAAUGAAAAUAAGGACAUCAAGCUGGAAAACAUGACAUUCAGGUUCAAAUGUGAACAGUUUGAGAAAUAUCAGAACGAAGAGAGGCGCUCGCAGUCAACACCGGAAAUGCCAAACCGAACGGAAGACGAGCAGUUGGUUUCCAAUUUUUUGAUUGAAAACAUCAUCAACCAGCUGGAAAAGGAAGGAGGAAGCCACGCCCUGAACAGUGAACAUAUCGAGCUAUUUCAGGAGGUUAUUGAAUGUGAUACCACUAAAGAUGAAGCUCGAAUGGCCGAGUUAAACGAAAAACUCAAGUCAACAGAAGAGAAGCUGAAAAUCGUGGAACAAUUCGCUAAAGAAACCUCUGACAAAUACACCGAGCUGCUGGAAAAUCAGAACAAUCGGCAGAAGAUGAAAAGUAUCGAAGGCAGCAAGGAUCACCAGCAGUUGAAAGCGAAAAUUGCAAAACUUCAGGAAGUCAACAAAAAACAGGAAAACACCAUAGCCGGACUGCAGCAACAACUUUCGUGUUAUGAUUCACCGCAGAAGUUGAACGUGUCAGGCAAACUGUACGGUGGUGUUGGCAGUCCCAAAACUCCCAAGAAGCUGAUUGCUUCGCCUUAUCCCGGCAAAGAGAACCGCUCACCAGCGACGAUUGCCGUCUACAGUCCUCGGACGAAUGCGUUGCGUCCUAGAAAUAACUGA